GCUAGGCUGAAGAGGCUCAGAAGCCAGGGUGAUAGCAAGGAGUUUGCUGGUGUAGAGUUUCCUAGGCAGCCCUGGAGGGAAAGGGACGCCAGGCAGCAGCAGUAGUUCCUGUAGGAGAAACAGGCUUUGAACCAACAUAGCCGCAUCAGGAGAUGGAAUCUCCGGCUUGGUCACCACGUGAGAUGGGCAGCGCAGCCGAGGCUGAAGAGCUGGCAAAGAGCGGCCUGGCAUGGGAGCCGCAUGCCAACGACACACGGGAGGUGGGCCUUCCAGCUGCUGGGGACGAUGAUCAAUUGUGGAGGGCGCCAGGCGGCGACCUGGGCCCUGUGCCCCCCGGGGCCGAGUUCGGGCCUGAGGAGGCGCCCAAGGCCUCAGCUGCGGUCACCCGCACUGUCUGGCUGGAGGCUGAGGAUGCAGGCCUUGGCGGGGUGACUGCAGAGGCGGGCAGUGGCGACACCCAGGCCUUGCCAGCCACGCUCCUGGCUCCCGACGACACCCUGGAGCAGUCAACGAUACCCCCCAGCCCCCCUGAGGCCACUGAAGCUGGGGCACCGCCUUUGCCCACCACAGCCCACCAGCCGAGCCCACGCCCCAAACUCCCCAAGGAGAGCCCCAUGGAGGUCUGGCUGAACCUGGGCAGCAGCACCCCCGAUCCACAAGAGCCAGGGCCCACUGACCCCAUUCCAGGCACCCUAGAGCCCCAGCCAGCCUCAGAAAUCAUCGACAUCGACUACUUCGAAGGACUGGAUGGUGAUGGUCGAGAUGCAGACCUGGGGAGCUUCCCAGGGUCACCAGGAACCUCAGAGCACCACCCGGACCCUGAGGGGGAGACCCCUUCCUGGAGCCUGCUUGACUUGUACGAUGACUUCACCCCCUUUGAUGAGUCGGAUUUCUACCCCACCACGUCCUUCUAUGACGACUUGGAGGAAGACGAGGAGGAAGAGGAGGAUGACAAGGAUGCAGUGGGAGUCGGAGACCUGGAAGAUGAAAAUGACCUGCACACGGAGAAGCCCGGCGCAGGGCCAGGAGCAGGCCAGCCCACCAGUCAGUGGCAUGCCGUCCCUCCGCAGCACACCCUGGGGAUGGUCCCUGGCAGCAGUAUUGCUGUCAGGCCCCGCCCAGGAGAGCCAGGCAGGGACCUGGCCUCCAGUGAAAAUGGCACCGAGUGUCGCAGCGGCUUUGUGCGCCAUAACGGCUCCUGCCGAUCUGUGUGCGACCUCUUCCCCAGCUACUGUCACAAUGGCGGCCAGUGCUACCUAGUGGAGAACAUAGGGGCCUUCUGCAGGUGCAACACGCAGGACUACAUCUGGCACAAGGGCAUGCGCUGCGAGUCCAUCAUCACCGACUUCCAGGUCAUGUGCGUGGCCGUGGGCUCAGCGGCGCUCGUGCUCCUCCUGCUCUUCAUGAUGACCGUGUUCUUCGCCAAGAAGCUCUAUCUGCUCAAGACGGAGAACACCAAGCUGCGGAGGACCAACAAAUUCCGGACCCCAUCUGAGCUCCACAAUGAUAACUUCUCCCUCUCCACCAUUGCGGAGGGCUCUCACCCAAAUGUAAGGAAACUUUGCGACACUCCCCGUAUCUCCUCCCCCCAUGCCCGUGCCUUGGCUCACUAUGAUAACGUUGUUUGUCAGGAUGAUUCCAGUGCUCCCCACAAAAUCCAGGAAGUUCUCAAGUCCUGCCUGAAAGAGGAGGAGCCCUUUAACAUUCAGAACUCCAUGUCGCCCAAGCUGGAGGGUGGCAAAGGGGACCAGGCUGACGUGGACGUGAACUGCCUUCAGAAUAACUUAACCUAAAGCCAAGCAGGAAGAGGCAGUGGGGGUGGGGGGCAGGGAAGACACAUUCUCUCCUCUUGUACAGAGUAUAUUUCUUGUAACCAUUUGUUAAACUCUUUUUCCUUUUCUGAUCUCAUGGCAUGCUUUGAUGUGUUUUGUACAGGAGGGAAAAAGACACAAAA